UGUGUUCAAUUGUUGUCAUGUUGAAAAUUGAGGUUUCAGAUUUGUGCAAGUUUAACUAAAAAGUUGAUUACAGAUAAAAUUGUUAUUACUGUUCCUGUAAAGAAAGCCACAUAAAAACUGUAGUCGGAAAAGUAGUUUUACGGUACAGAGAAGCUUAUUACAAUAAGCUCAUUCACUAUGAAUCCUAUUUCAAUGGACAGGGAUGAACCGUCGUCACUAACUUCUGUCUCAACAAAUCACCCCUUAGAACAAUUUAUAUUACUCGCGAAGGGGGCCAAAGGAUCAGCAUGUGCCGAACUUAUAAAACAAGUACUUGAAGCUCCAGGGGUGCAUGUAUUUGGUGAACUACUUGAAAUGCCUAACAUACAAGAGUUAGAAACAGGACAAUAUGCCACACAUUUUAAAACGCUCAACUUAUUUGCAUAUGGCACAUACAAAGACUAUCUGGAGAACAAGUCUGAUUACCUAGAACUCACUCAAGUACAGUGUAAGAAGCUACAGCAUCUGACCAUAGCAACUCUGGCAACACAGGAGAAAUGUAUUCCAUAUAGUGUGUUACUCAAAGAAUUGGAUAUUAAAAAUGUUAGAGAUUUAGAAGAUCUGAUCAUUGAAGCAAUAUAUGCAGAUAUAAUCCAUGGCAAAUUAGACCAAGAAUGCAAACGCGUAGAAGUAGACGUAGCCCUAGGCCGCGAUGCAAGAUUAGAAGAUGCAGCGGCCAUAGCAGAUGUCUUGGCUGACUGGUGCAACGCUUGCGAAGCUGUGCUCAGCUCGGUGGACAGACACAUCCAGCGUGCCAACCACAGAAAACAGUGUGCCAUUAGACACCAACAAGCUAUUGACCAGGAGAUAUUGUACAUAAAGAAGAGUCAAAAAACACAAGGAGAAAACGAAGAGUCAGCUUCUGCCGGUGGAAGCGAAUCCCGUUCAGCUCCCAAGAAGAACUCCAGCAAAGGAAAGGGAGCGCGCGGGAUUUUCUGGCAGAAAACCACAUAAUCCUGUAUAUCUUGUCAUAUAUUAAUAAUAAAUAUUUAGGUACUACCCUCGAAAAUAUGUACUUACU